AUGGUACCGAACCUUCGUUUCAACGUUACGAUGAUCGUUAUUUGGGGUAUUCUACUUACGAUACAUGUUGUACAAUUACUGAUGCGUCAGUACUGGUUUUCAGUGGCCUUUAUAUGCACCAGUAUCUUGGAAGUGCUUGGAUUCAUAGGGAGGACAUGGUCGCACUCUAACGUUGAUAAUAUGGACGCUUUCCUAUUGAACAUGAUUUGUUUGACUAUUGCACCAGUUUUUACAAUGGGUGGUAUCUAUUAUCAACUUGCAAAGCUUAUAGAGGUGUACGGUCACAGAUUCUCGUUAUUGCCCUCUCCAAUGGCGUAUUCUUUUAUUUUCAUUUGUUCCGAUAUCAUAUCGUUGGUGGUCCAAGCUGUGGGUGGUGGUCUUUGUGGUGUCGCGGUCACAGAUGGAACUUCCACGACAACCGGUAAUCACGUUUUCAUUGCUGGGUUGGCCAUUCAAGUGGCAUCAAUGGCUAUCUUUAUUUUUUUGUGGUGUCACUUCCUUUUCCGUAUCUAUAUUUCGGUAAGAUGGGAACAUGUAAAUGCUAAACCUGUUUCAUUGAGUCUUUUAAAGAUACCUCAAACAGAAAUUGAUUAUCUAUACAGGGAAAAGUACCAGUUUUUGAGAAUCGAACCUGAACGUUGGGUUUUUCAUUACUUUAAUCUAGCAGUGACGGCGGCGGUGCUGACCAUCUUCACUCGUUGCUGUUAUCGUUUAGCGGAACUAGUUGUCGGUUGGGAUGGCUAUCUGAUCACGCACGAAUGGUACUUUAUUAUCCUGGAUGCAUUAAUGAUGGCAAUUGCUACUGUCACUUUGACGAUUUUCCAUCCUGGAUUUGCAUUUAAAGGUAGAAACACUUCGAUUCCAAUCACACCUGGCCACGUCGAUCCUGAGACUCUACCGCAUGCUGACGAUAUCGAAGACAUUUUAGACACUUCUGACUCAAAGCAGUUUGAUAUUGAAAAGGAAGAACUUCAGGCAAGCAUGAAGUAUCCAAUUAGCACUUUCAAGCAACUCAUGUCUAAAAUGACAAAACUAUUCUCAUCUAAAAGCAAAGAAAAAGUUUAG